AUGGACGUAAUCAAAGGAGAAAGAACGGAAGUGGUGAAAGAAUUGUGGAAGAAGUAUGAUAAAGAUCAUCAUGCUGAUGAAGUGGUUAAAGAAGAAGAACAAUAUGAGAAAGAAAUGGAUCAAUUGAUGGAAAAAGUAGUUGAUGUUGUAGAUACAGACCCAACAGUUGAACCAGGUGUGGUAUCUCAGAUGCAACAAAUUCAUGAUUCUUACUUGUUGAUGUAUAAUGAAUGUUAUGAUUUCAAUAACAACCUUCGUCAGCUUGAUCUUGCUGCUUACAAACAAAAGUUUUCUCCGUAUGUAAAAAGCUGUUGCAAUAAAUUGGAAAAUUGUAUUGAAACAGUUCGAUGCAAAAGAACUGAAUGA